UCAAAUCAAACGGUAAAUCCGGCGGGCGCACAGUAAGCAUUGACAUCAAUUUCGCAUUGAUUUCAAGUUCGUCUACGUGUUUCACAGCACAGUUUCACCGGCACUUUCAGCGUGCUAACACGCUCGACAAAUUUCCGUGCUUGUUUUUCCUAUGGGAAUGAUCAAAAUUGUGUAAAUUUUCGUUGAAGUGAUUUUAGCCAAGCCAAAAAAGCCAGCAUACGCAUUCUGAGAACGCAAAGUUUCAACUUCUAAAAUUAAAAGGAACAAAACUGCCAUAAAAUGAGUAAGGCGGAUUCGAACUCGCGUCAGGGCUCCUACAAGUCCAACACCAUCAACACGCAGGACUCGCGCAUGCGCCGCCAUGAGGUGACCAUCGAGCUACGAAAAUCCAAGAAGGAGGACCAGAUGUUCAAGCGGCGCAACAUCAACGACGAGGAUCUCACUUCGCCGCUCAAGGAGCUCAAUGGCCAGUCGCCGGUGCAGCUGUCCGUGGACGAAAUAGUGGCGGCCAUGAACAGCGAGGAUCAGGAGCGCCAGUUCCUGGGCAUGCAGUCGGCUCGCAAGAUGCUCAGCCGAGAGCGCAAUCCGCCUAUUGACCUGAUGAUUGGACAUGGCAUUGUGCCCAUUUGCAUUCGCUUCCUGCAGAACACCACAAACUCUAUGCUGCAGUUUGAAGCCGCCUGGGCCCUGACCAACAUAGCAUCUGGCACUUCCGAUCAGACGCGUUGCGUUAUUGAACAAAAUGCCGUGCCGCACUUCGUGGCCUUGCUCCAGUCGAAGUCCAUCAAUCUGGCCGAGCAGGCUGUCUGGGCCCUGGGAAACAUUGCUGGCGAUGGAGCCGCCGCUCGCGACAUUGUCAUCCACCACAAUGUGAUCGACGGCAUUCUGCCACUGAUCAACAACGAGACGCCGCUGUCCUUUCUGCGUAACAUCGUCUGGCUGAUGUCGAAUCUGUGCAGGAACAAGAAUCCUUCACCGCCCUUUGAGCAGGUGAAGCGCCUUCUGCCAGUCUUGUCGCAGCUCCUGCUUAGCCAGGAUAUUCAAGUAUUAGCCGACGCUUGCUGGGCACUGUCAUACGUCACUGACGAUGACAAUAGCAAGAUCCAGGCAGUGGUCGACUCGGAUGCAGUGCCGCGCCUGGUCAAACUUCUGCAAAUGGACGAGCCAAGCAUCAUUGUGCCCGCCCUGCGCAGUGUAGGGAACAUUGUGACCGGCACAGAUCAACAGACUGACGUGGUAAUUGCAUCUGGAGGAUUGCCCAGGCUAGGACUUCUGCUGCAGCACAACAAAAGCAACAUUGUCAAGGAGGCUGCUUGGACGGUCAGCAACAUCACGGCAGGUAACCAGAAGCAGAUCCAGGCGGUCAUUCAGGCUGGCAUUUUCCAGCAGCUGCGCAACGUGCUGGAGAAAGGGGACUUUAAAGCACAGAAGGAGGCUGCCUGGGCGGUGACCAACACCACGACGUCGGGCACACCCGAGCAGAUCGUGGAUCUGAUAGAGAAGUUCAAAAUCUUGAAGCCGUUCAUUGAUCUGCUGGACGCAAAGGAUCCGCGAACCAUCAAGGUGGUGCAGACAGGCUUAUCCAAUUUAUUCGCUCUGGCCGAGAAACUAGGAGGCACCGAAAACCUGUGCCUGAUGGUUGAGGAGAUGGGAGGCCUAGACAAGCUGGAGACUUUGCAGCAGCAUGAAAACGAGGAGGUCUACAAAAAGGCCUAUGCCAUCAUAGACACUUACUUCAGCAACGCUGACGACGAGGCCGAGCAAGAGUUGGCACCGCAGGAGGUUAACGGGGCUCUCGAGUUCAAUGCCACCCAGCCAAAGGCUCCCGAGGGUGGCUAUACGUUCUAAGCUAAUCACACACCACAUAAUCCAGCCUCUCACACGCCUUACAUAUAACACCCCAUUUCGUUAAGACUCUCGACCGCGCUCACACAUUCAUUUGUUACAAUCUAUGCCAUUGUCAAACGUAAGCAUAACAUUUUAACAAUCCCGAACAUUUGGAGGCAUGCAUGCAAACACUGGCUAAUGCAUUUGCUUAUAUAUUACUCAAAUCAUAAUUGCAGCGGGUUAGCAAAAACACAACUUGUAACACACUACUCGUACUCGCAUGAUUCCAAUUUAACAUUCCCAUCUAUAUCUUCCGGCGUUGCCUGGCAGCACGGUUAUUUUCUCCUUUCCGAUGCAACCUCUCGUGCAGCUGUGCUGGCUAAGAUCCUGGUUGCUGCCCAAACCCGUUUGCUAGGGCGAAAUUCUGUAUGUGCGUGCAUGGCCUUUUUACUUGGAAACGAGCUCAUUUCGGAUAUAUUUUAGGCUGUUUAGUAUUUAUUUAUGUAUACAAGAAAUGGUUUUAAAUCCUCCACCUUCGCAAGCAUUACAACAACCUACUCAUACCCUUCACACAGUGUCCUCAUCCCCGAUUCGUAAGAUUAUAUUCAGUUAUCAAUAAAUAAUGAAUUGUUUGAAUUUA